AUGACUGAGGUUGAUGUAUUUAUUAGUAAUUAUACUGUGGUAGAUCCAGAAAUUUAUGAACUUUGGGUGGAGGGGCACAAUGCUAGUGAAGCAGUAACGAUAUUGAAUAGCAAAGGACUGGGGCAACAAACUGGAGCUACCUUAGAACUGAUUGCCAGCGACGUUCUCGACCAUUAUCGCACUUACUCUCUGCUGGAAAAACUCUUAAUCAAUCCCAACAAACUACAAGAACAAUUUUUAUUUCAAAUUGAUACCCUGACUCGUUCAUUACUUAUAGAAAAAUACUAUGAAUUUGAUGAUGAAGUAAUCCGUGAGCUACUCGGCAAAAAGUUAUCAUCCAAAAACAGAAAAGAUUUAGAUGAAGUGGCUGAAAAGACAAGCAAACCUCUCAAGUCCUGCAGGCGUCAAUUUGACAAUGUUAAAAGAAUAUUCAAGGCUGUUGAAGAGAUGGCGGGAAACACCAUGGAGAAUAUAAAAACCUCUUUCUAUUUGUCUGAUGAAUUAGCACACAAAUAUGCUUGCAUUGUCUUCAUGGCUUGCAUGAGAUUUGAGACCACCAAGAAGAAGCUGCAAUACAUGUCAUUCAAUAGUUUUCGAAUUUGCUGUGAAGCUAUCAUGGAUCAAUGGGCUUAUAACUUGACUGGUACUGAAUACAAUGACUUGGAAAUGGACAGGGAGUUUCUAUUUGAACUCAGAGAACUGAAAGCUCUCAUUGAAAAAGAGAAAGAACAUAAACAUUUAUUGACAAUGCACUUGAAACCCAAACUUCUCCAAAAAAAUUUCAUGGACUUGGACACGAAUUUCAAGUUGUACACCAGAGCCCUAUUGACUUUAGCUACUACCAUUCAUAGAUCCAGAGAUAUGAGGAACUUGUUCGUGGAUUUAUCUCAAAUUCUGGAAUAUUUCAAACAGGCAAAUUGGACGUCUCACGAUUUUGAACAGUUCCUCUUAGCCUUUAGUCAAUGUGCCAAUGAAAUUGAUACCUUAAGAAAAGAUACAGCAGUGAAGUCCAGCUUAGAUAAAUUCAUGAAAGUUACAACAAAAUGUUUAUUGGUUAUGUAUAAUUGA